AUGACAUAUAAUGUUGAUAUGCGUGGUGAAGUAGCGUUGUUAACUAGAAAUAUUCAAAUAGAGGGUGAAAUGGAAGAACGUUGUUACAUCAGUAAUGGUAACUGCAAUAACUUCCUUUACGAUACAUUUGGUGGACAUUUAAAGUUUGUCAGAGGAUUUGAAAACGUCCAUUUAGAAGGAGUGGAGUUGUAUCACAUGGGGCAACAAACUGAGAAAGUUUUAUCUAUUAGAAUAACGACUUUGGGAUUCUUCAUAGGAUACUAUCCAGUACAUUUCCACAUGUGUCAUGACGUUGAUGGAGUUGGAAAUUACAGUCAUCCACCGUACUUCCGUGACAGUACCGUCCAUCACUCAUUCUCCCGGUGUGUCACUGUCCAUGGUACAAGUGGGGUCACGGUUCAAGACAAUGUAUGCUACGAUAGUUUGGGACACUCCUAUUUCUUAGAAGAUGGUGGUGAGAAAAGAAACUUGCUUGAUGGAAAUAUUGGACUGUCCACAAAGAAAGGAAAGAUUCUGAAAAGCGAUAGCCGCCCAGCGACCUAUUGGAUGACCAACCCUAUCAAUAGUCUUAGGAAUAAUGUAGCUGCUGGUAGCGAGGCGUACGGAAUAUGGUACGUGUUUCCUGAUGAGCCGUAUGGACCUUCAUUUGGAAAAGAUUUUAUGCAGAAAUACGAAGCGAUGCAUACACCGAUUCUAGAAUUUGAUAAUAAUGUAGCACAUUCAAACGAGGACACUGGUUUGUUUGCCGAUAACAAAGUUCUACAGUCAUCAGAUGCUACUGGUAGUAACGAGUAUUCACCACGCAUAUACCCAAUGGAUCCCAAUUCUCCACCAGCUUCUGUUAACUUUACCAGACCUACACUUUACAAGAACAGAAGAGGAAAUAUGUUUUUAAGAGGAGGGUGGUUAAGAGUAGAUAGAGGCUCAUUUGCUGACAGUUCAGUAGGAGCCACAUUUGCUAAAUCAGAUGAUCAGCAACAAUUCCUGUAUAAUUCGGUGUUUUUGGGAGAGUCUAAAAAUAUUGGCGAACCGCAUAUUGGAAUGUCAAGAUCCUUACCCGAUCCUGACAAUAUUCAUACACAUAUUGAAGGAUUUUCAUUCUAUGAUGGACCUGUAUACGUAGAAAACAGCUGGUUCUCAAAUUUUAUCCGCCAUCAUCUCUAUCCAGUGGGAGCUGUGGGUUUCAAUCGAAAUGAUCAAAACCCAUCGUCUGCUGUCAGUUCAGUGAUGGGCGUCAAAUUCGGAUUCGAUGAUGAUGCACAAGGUAACCGAGUAUAUCAUACAGACACUUCAAUAUCUGGAUUCUCUGAUCAUGAUGGUGAUGACGUAGCUACAGUCAGAGAUAUUGAUGGCAGUUUAACUGGUUAUGUUGGAUCACAGUUAGUCAGACCGACUGAUUUCAAUAUAAAUGCCGGAUGUUACGUCCGUACCAACUGGAACAUGGCUAUAUGUCCACAGUCUUAUGGCAAGCUAACAAUCCAAUUAGAAAGCGAAGCAGACAGAGGAAAAACGUCGCCUUUCGCUGUAAGAGAUGACAAACCAACGGUUAAAGAAACUCGAGAUUCGACACAUCCUGCUCAGUUCUUAACAAUACUUGGUGGAGACUACAGCUACACAAUCAAUUGGUCAAACUACGUACCUCAUCAAUUUUCAAUCAGAGGAGAAGGCAUUGAACACGGUAAAUGGGUGCGUUUUGGGGUCUGCUUACCAAGAGAUGUCAUGAUUGAUAUCACUUCCUACAAGCCAAAGUAUCUAGGUAGUAUUCACGAUUGGACUUUAACGCAGACUCUAGAUGAUUUGGAAGCAGACACAGUUGGUGAUAAAUACUUUUGGGAUUCCUAUGUUGGAUUAUUGUUCUUCAAAUUUAUGAAUUACAAUACCAGAACAAUAAAUGACACAACAGAAUGUCCGGGUUCUGGUUGCCCUGAAAUAAAAAUAACUGUUACCGGUGGCAACACAUUGGACGCUGAUUGUACUCAAAGAGCUUACAAUGGGGCCUACAACAGAAAUGCACCGACAGAGAAAGUAGUUCUAAAACAAAUCGAUCUACCUGCUUCUCUUGCCGCUCCUACUUCCUCAAUGGGAGCUGGAGAAACUCGACCGUUUGGUACAAGGCGUACAUUAGAUGGAAAAUUCGGAAGAUGGACAGAUUGGACACCUUGCUCCAAAAAUUGUUUAGGGGAAAAUCAAUAUAGAUACAGAUCAUGUAACCAGCCGAUACCCCAGAAUGGUGGUAGAAACUGUGUUGGAAACGCAGUGGACUCUAGAAAGUGUGACCAAAGAAAAUGCACAAGACGUGAUGGAAGGUCGAUUUUUAGACGAUGGAGUCGAUGUCGAAGAACAGGAGGUCGUCAUGGGGUCCAGACAAGAAGACGAAGAUUAAGAAGAAAUGAAGAAGUUCGACCCCGCUAACGUUGUUAAUGAAUAAUGUAUACAGUGUAUUAAAACGUACCUUUAAUGAUU